AUGAUGCUGAGUCCAGACCAAGCCGCCGACUCGGACCACCCCAGCUCGGCGCACUCGGACCCGGAGUCGCUGGGCGGCGCGGACGCCAAGGUGCUGGGCAGCGUGUCGGACCUGGAGCCGGUGGAGGAGGCCGAGGGCGACGGCAAGGGCGGCAGCCGGGCCGCGCUGUACCCGCACCCGCAGCAGCUGAGCCGGGAGGAGAAGCGCCGGCGCCGGCGCGCCACGGCCAAGUACCGCUCGGCCCACGCCACCCGCGAGCGCAUCCGCGUGGAGGCCUUCAACCUGGCCUUCGCCGAGCUCCGCAAACUGCUGCCCACGCUGCCCCCGGACAAGAAGCUCUCCAAGAUCGAGAUCCUGCGCCUGGCCAUCUGCUACAUCUCCUAUCUCAACCACGUCCUGGACGUGUAG